AUGUUCGCGGGGGGUCAACGGGGGCCGCGGGGGCCACUCGGAGUGCUUCUGGAAACUGGAUGUGACUAUCAUCUUGCCAUCUGCAUCUUGCUAACAAUUCUCGGAUACAUUCCUGGUAUUAUCUAUGCAAUCUUUGUGAUUAUUGAUAAGUAA